UGCACACACUCUUUCAAAACAAAUAGUUUUGUUUUGUUUCUUGUAAUAAUUUUUUACAUUAUUGUAAACCAACCCGCUAUGAUUAAAGGUCCUGAGCUCGGAAUUCGCUCCGCACACCAGCGUAAACCGAACCCAUGUACCUGGAUUUUGUCGAUCGGAGGACUUUCGCUGUCUGGGUUGUACUUGUGUUGAUGCGCUAACUUUUAACUUUGUACGCCUUCCACCCCACAGCUGUUAGUCAGCCUACAUCUCAAUAAUACACACGAUGUACAUUUAUAGCUUGCUGGAGCUGGUGGUAUAUAAUAAUGGGCUUGCAUAAGCAGCGUGGUAUGUUUUUCUCUUUUGUGUGCGUCUUCGAUUGUUUCGAUUUCUGCACCGCUCCAGCUCAAUAAAAUUUAACUCAGACAUGCAGAAUGUCUCGUCAUAUCACCGAGGGCAUAGAAAGCACAACCUGCACAAGCCUUUUCUGUUCUGAACGCCUGAAAACAUCAGUCGCACUGGAGACUCCUUCCACGAAAAGAUCCUUCUAGAAGACACCAUCGUUAACAUCAGAGCUGCCAGGUUCAAUCCUCUCAUCUCACAGACGUCCGUGUCACGUGAAACAUGGCUGCACUGAGCGGAGACAAUUUCGGAGAAGGUUCUGCUCCUCAGAUUAAACGUCCGGCUUUAUCCUGGGGAGUGAAGAUCAGGAAGAAGCUGAAGGCUCCAUUUCUUGGCAAAUUCAGGCCGCUGGUGGGACAGUGCUGCCAUCAGUGCACCCCCGAGAGUGUGGGACGGAAACUGUUCCAGAACAUUCCGUGGCUCGGCUUCCAGAACCUUCUGUACAUAAAGGAGACGCACACCAGGUACAGAGGAUGGCUGGUAAGGAGAGUGUGUUGUGUGCUGUUUAUCUGCAGUCGUAAUGUCGACUCCGGGCCUGUAGGAGACAGACUGCUACGGAUCUGCAGCACAGACAGGGUGAAACAGGUUCUGACUCCACAGAGCAGUGUGAAAGAGUGUGGAGAAGAAGCCAGCAGGAUUCUGACCCUCACUGAGACAUUUCAGUCUGCAACCCUGAUUCGGUUGGUGGGCUGGUUCCUCUUGCGCUUCUUCUCCCUGAUGUUCUGCAGCGUUCAGGUGAACCUCAGCCAAAUGGCCGCUCUCCAUCGAGCCACAGAGCUGAACAUCCCGCUGGUCUACGUGUAUAUUCGUCAAGGUGCUGUUGAUCAGGCUUUGAUCUCUCUGACUCUGCUCUGUCACAACCUGAAACUUCCCUAUAGCAUCUAUCCAGCUCCAGUUCACAACAGCUGGCUGAGGGUCAUCUUGCAGAAACUGGGCGUCAUUUUUCUUCCUGAUCACGCAGCCACGGAGCAAGAGGCAGAAUCCCACAGCCUGUACUCUCCCGUCAUGACCUCGCUUGUUGGCAAGCUCCUGAAGGCAGGUGAGAGUCUUAGCGUGGGUGUGUGUGAGGAGAGUGGUUAUGGAGGACAGUGGCUGGCGCGCAUUCGCCAGGCGGUGGCUGAGGGCCUGGUGCCGGACGUAAGCGUGGUGCCAGUGGGAAUCUCCUAUGACUGUCAUCCUUCAUGCCAGUCCAUGCAGCCUCAGCCUGGCAUGCUGUCUGUACUGCGGUUUGUGCUUUCCCUUCUGAGUGCUGAUGAAAGAGGAGGUGUGAGGAUCCAUUUCGCUCAGGCUUUCUCUCUGAAGGAGAUGUGUGACAGUGGGAAAUGUCGUGUGGACGGACAACGCCCCCUACAGGACCUCCUGCUGCCAGCUGCCCUUCACAACAGGAUGGACAACAUAUUUGGACAAAAAGACAUUUCCUGGCUUCUUCCCUCCACAUUCCUGCCUGAACUGUCCCACACUGAGAGACAGCAGAGCACCGCCGUGACCCUUCAUCUAAUGUAUUCGGUGACCAGCAGCAUGGCUGUGAUGUCCACCAGUGUCGUGUCCUGUUUGCUCCUCAAUAAACACCGCAGGGGGGUGCGUGUGUCAGUAUUGUGUGCAGAUUUGUGUUGGCUGAUAGAGGAGCUGUUGUUCAGACGCUGUGAUGUAGGGUUCGGAGGCUCGUUGGUCAGUGUGGUGUUCCACGCUCUCUCUGUGCUGCGUCCCCACCUGCUGAUGGCUGCAGCGCCCCCUUCAGGAGAGCCGAUAGUGACGGCUCGGCUCGACCCACACACACUGCUCACUCUCAGUCGGCACAGCCAGCUGCUCACACACAUCUUCAUCACUGAGGCUGUGGGAGCCUGUGCUGUCUCUGCCUUGCUGUGUGAGGUGGCAGGAUGCGGAGGAGGAGAGAUGGAGUUUGAUGUUGCACUCGGUCAAGAGGAGCUGACUGAAAAAAGCCUCCAGCUUACACACCUACUGCCAGCUGGGUACAUACCACCGUGCCAAACAGCGUACAGUUUUGCUGUGGAUACAGUGGACAGUAUGGUGCGCUGUGGGAUUCUCAUUAUGGAGGAGGUACAUCGGGAUACGCCAGUGUGUGAUUUCUGGAAGAGGCAGGGUGUUUUCUCUUGGACUGCAUCAGAUGACCCUGAACUCAGCAGUGACUCGGACUGUGAGAAACAGGACACACGUUCAUACAAGUUGAGUCAGCCGUCUGAGUGUCCCGAGCUGCUCUUCUUUCUCUGUAGUUUGCUGAGUGCACAGCUGAGGGCGCUGUGCUGGGCUAUAGAAAGCCUGGACCUUCUGCCUUUUCCUCUCACAGAAGCAGCGUGUGUGACUCAACUCCACACUCACCUGAGAAACAAAGCUCAGCUGGACAAAGUGCACUACGAGAGCUCCUCGAUGAAGCUGGUGAGAACGUCUCUGCGAACCCUGACUGAUUUUGGAGUGCUGACGGCGGACCGGCAGAGCGAGGCAGUGUAUCUAGAGAUCAGUCCUCUUUUCCUCCAGGCCGAGAACAAACACAAAGUCUUCCAGUUCGUCUCGCAGUUCCUCAACAGCGGACAAAGAGAGAACGCACGCCUCUGCACCGCUUUAGGUUUAGUUACAAAAUAGCAGCGUUUCAGGUAAUCUGCAUGGAGCAAGACGAUGACUCGGACCAGAGACUGUUGUUUUUUUUUUCUUUUCUUGUUCUGCGUCGAUAUGUGACUGAUCCAGCUACCUAGAAAAACAUAUCUUUUUGUUUAAAAACUAAAACGUGCUUUUUAAAAUUUGAUUCUUUCAGUUUUCACCAGUUUUAAUAGCUCUACUGCAAAACAAGAUUUUUUUUAUGAGAAAUUGUACAAUUUUUAGGUACAUUUGUUAGGAUUUUGAGUUGAUUAGAGCUAUUAACCAAUGGAAAAGCAGGAAAUCGGUCAUUGUAUUGUUUUGAUGUUUGAUUGUUUCUUGUUUUGAAAGUUGUUUAUUCGUAACAAAUACAGGUUUUUGUUCUGCAA